AUAAGAAAUAUUGUUGUCAAAAUUGCAAAGCGUGACGUUUCAGCCAUUUGUACUUUUCAAAAAAAUUGUUAAUAAAAAUAGUGAGUGAAUUGUAGAUUAGGACGUAUGGAUGCUUGAAUUGCUUUAGAAAAUGUCUGAUCAAGAUAAAAAGAGUGGUACGGGUACCACCCCCGUGGUGGUAGAACAAACUACCAACAGCAGACACAAGGCUCCAUGUCGGCCUAAUGAUAUUCAAGAUGAAACUGACCAUCAUCAUAAGCAUUCCAAAGCACCAGCUGUACAAUCUGUUGGUGAGGAUGUUAAACAUAAAACAGCAGAGGAUUUGGAGUCAGAAAAUGAGGACGAUAAGGAUCGCAAACGGGUUAAAUCUAAUGAGAUGAGUAAGCAGAGUGCCGCCAAAAAAUUAUCUUUCAUUUCCAAGAAGCAAGGCACGCCGGCCGAUUCCACAGCUUUGGGCCAUGUCGAACUUGAAACAAAGAAGGGUACAAUGACGCCCACAUCGCAGCCAAUUCCACAAGUUGCCGAAGCUCUUUCGAGGGCUAAUUUUGGUGAAAAGGAAAAUACUCAAACGGGCGAAACGGACAGUAUUACGGAAGAAAUCUCCGAAGCACGGAUUGUUAAACCAUCAAAGAGAUAUUCAAAUUGGUCAGAUGACGAAGAGGCGGGCGGGCUGCCGCGCAGUGAAUCGCGGGCGUCGCGCGUUUCCCGCGUCGUCCGACAGUUUUUCUGUUGCGGCGUGCCUUACGAAGCUCCAUCCGAAGAAAACAUCUCAUCGGGACGAGCUUUUGGUCAAGGAAUAUAAAGCUUUACUCAAUAACACAACGUUUGCGAUGCUUUCGCGUGCUUUAAUGUUAUUUUGGCUGGCCAUUUUCGAUUGCUAUCGCCGCAUCGAAUAAUUAUUUAUCGCUUUUUGUCACAAGGAUGUUAAGAGUAAUUGAAAAUGGCCAGCUAGAAGUACUGGAAUUGUGAACUUGCGUUGUACUUAGUUGGUGUGUACAUAAAAUUAAUAAUAAAAGUGGCAUUUUAUUACCCUGCAACUUUGUAAAAACGUUUAUAUAUCCCUAAUGAUAUAGAUGACAUUAUGUUCAUUAUUUUAAUUUAAUAAUAUAUUUGUUCAGAGAUAAAACAGUUGAA